UUUUUUUGGCACAAAGCCCACAAAGCCACGGCCCGAAUAUUAUCAAGCCCAAACACUCAUCAUCAAGUCAUGCACCCGACCAUCGAGACGAUCGACAAUGUAGAACAUUCCACUCAGACCGGCUUACCUUCAACCGAGCCGAUGAUCUCCAGCUCGAAGGAAGACCGAAGAGAUGACCAAGAAGAUUCAGACCGGUCGAUGGAGAUCGGCUGUUCGUCAGCCGACUCGCUCUCCCUCUUCAGGUCCUUCUCCAUGCCCAUCCAUAUCUCCUCGACCACUGGCUCUGACCAGGAAGAGCCACUCGACCGCGCCCAGGAGGACGUCAAUCAGGACGAGGAAGAUGAGGACUUUGACGAGCUCCUGACCACUCCCACCUCCCAACUCCAAUUACACGACCCAUCCAGUUACCCUUCUUAUCAAUCGAGUGGCCAAAGGCUAUUAUCAUGUUCACUUCCGCCAUCGCUCAGCAGUCAAAAGAGCAAUGGAUUAGAUAUCCAUCAAGAGUAUCCAUUGAACGAGUUACUUCAACUCACUCAGCCGAUGAGAGAAGGCGUGAUUUCUCGGGAAAGACUCUUGCCCUCAUCCAGGAUGAAGCAAGUUGGGAUAGGCGGACGAGGCCGUCGAGACUUCUCGAACCAACGAAACCCAGGUUGUUCCUCACCAUUUGCGAACCAUCUCUCGAGCGCAGGGGCCGAAUGGUCUGCUACUUCGCCCACUAAACCCGACCAAGCCAGCUGGUCUCCCGCCUCAUCUUGCUCGCCUUUACCCUCCUCUACCUUCAACCAUCUUAGCUCCAGCGUCGGUGGUAGUUCUGCUAACAGUCAGCCAAUCCUCGUCACCCCUCAGUUCGCUAGUCCUACCCCGCUCGUCAGACCUAGACCUAUUGCCGCUUGGCAGAAACCUCAUGGUUCUUGGUCUUUUGGUUCUUCAUGAAUCUAUCCUCUUCUUCACACUUAUUAAACAUCCCCUUCAAAUUCUUCUUCUAGCUUUAGUAUCUAAGCUCACAACGAUCCCCACUCACUGCCCUCUUCACCUUUUUCAAUAAUAUAUACCGACCUCUUUCCAUCAUCUUCUUUCCUUGUAUCGCUUACACUUCUUGAGUGUGUAUCAGUUGUUGACAUAUACAUUUAUCUAUUAUUGCAGACAGAUUUUUUCAGUUCACAAAACAUAAGCAGAAAAAAGAAUGUAGAACAUGUUUGCAAUUUUUUUAUCAUGUUUUUCUUUGUCGUUGUCUUUGGUACUAAAUCAGAUCUCUCAAGAUGUUGAUGUAUCCUAAUCCCUCUCCCUUUCUGUCACUUUUCUUUCUUUUUUCCUUUUUUUCCCUUUUUCCCUUUUUCCUAUUUCCAAUUCCUUAAUUAUUAUCAUAGUAUCAACAUCAAAUCACGCCAGAAUCUACUUCUUUUUUUGUUCUUUGAUGUUGUUGUCUCUUCUGUUUCCUGUUUUCCUUUUCAUUCCUAUUUAUUCAUUAUUGUCACCCAAAACAAAACAAAAAAACAUGUAACCCCACCAAAAAAGUCCCUACUCAUUCUCUCUCUUCACUCAUUUUUCUUUCCUCAGAAAAAAUAUAUUACUAACACUACAAACA